UACUGAAAAAGUAUAAUAAUUGUAAUGGAUUAAAAUAAUUAUAAUAACAAGCAAUAAGGAUAAAAUAUAAACAAAUUGCUUUCCCUGGAGCUCAAACCCGGAACCUCUCCAAGCAAAAGGUCAUACAAAGGUGAUUCCCAUGUCAAGGUCACAACAUUGGUUGUUGCUAGGUGAUGUAACCCCUUGGUAACUGUUGUAACCAUGGUGAGACAGCUUGCCUUGUUGGCUGCAGGGUGUCAGCCCUGGAAUAGAGGUGUGUGUGCGGCGAGUGGAGACAGAUUUGCAUACUGCGCAACACUGGCCAUUUAUGUAUAUCAGUUGGACCACAAGUAUAACCAGUUUAAAUUGCUGUCCAUCCUGUCUGAACACAGGAAGACCAUAUCAGCUAUUUCCUGGAAUUCACGCAACCCCGAUAUCCUAGCCAGUGCAAGCUAUGAAAACCGUAUAAUCAUAUGGGACAUUAGCAAGCAGAAACCUAUUGCAAUUUACAAGGACACCAAAACUCCGCCCAUCUGUGUUGAUUGGUGCUAUCUUCAUGGGGAGGCAUUGUCUUUUACAAGUGGGCGUGGACCGGUGCUGAUUUGGGCUUACAGAGGUUCCGAAAUAAGCGUAACGGGUCUUAAGGACUCAUCCAGGUUCACGUCAGAAAUUACGUGCUUCAAAUGGCACCCAAAGGUGCUGGAGAAGGCAGUGGUGGGACACAAGGAUGGGUCUCUCUCAUUUUGUUCUAUAGGUGGGAAGUCUUUCCUGCAAGAGCUGAAACCAGAAACAAACGACGAUGAUGAGGAUGAUCAACAGGAAGACUCAGUUGUCUCACUUGCCUGGGAUCCAUUAUCGGUGGAUUACCUCCUUGUGGCACACAAUCUGUCCGGGGUGCGCCUUGUUGACUCCUCCUCCCUGUCAAUCAUCAUGCGGUUCCAACUGCCGAGUGUGUCCACACGCGUGAAGACCCUCGACUGGAUACACACAGCCCCAGGGAUGUUCCUUACAGGAGACGCAUUGAGUGGAAACCUGAGGGUCUGGAAUGUUUCCAUGGCAACCCCAAUUGAACAUAUACGAAUAAAGAAGACUGGUUUCCAUGCUGUAUCAGUUAUCUGUGAUAAACCUUCCACCAACCAGUAUAUUUCCAACCAGUCUAAAGAUCAGAAGUCAUCGACAAGUCAGGCACAGAUUCCCGCCAAGGUGAAUGCGUCUUAUUUUGCCUUGCCACCUGCCCGGCUGGUUUGCACGUUCUUGGAUGGCGGGGUUGGACUGUAUGACCUUGGGAAGAGGAAGUGGGAGUUUCUGAGAGACCAGGGACAUAUUGAAACUAUCUUUGAUUGUGAGUUUGCCCCCCAUGAUGCCAAUAUCCUAGCAACCGCAAGCUUUGAUGGCACAAUUAAAUUGUGGGAUGUGGCUUCAUUCACAUGUUUGAACACAUCACCAGGCAACGAAGGCAUCAUCUAUACGCUGUCCUGGGCGCCCUCUGACCUCAACUGCCUGGUGGCGGGCACCUCAAAACUGGGGCUGUUUAUAUGGGAUAUCAACAAGGGAAAGGUCAUCACUAGAUACAAGGAGCAUGGAAACAACCCUGUGUACAAAGUGGCCUGGAACCCCAAGGACUCCAGACGGAUCAUGUCUACAGGCGGGGAUGGAUACUGUAUCGUCCGGCAGGUUGAUGGAGAGAUCAUACAGAAGUACAAACACCCUGGGCCUGUGUAUGGCUGUGACUGGUGCCCCAAUAACAAAGACAUGUUAGCCACAGGCUGCGAGGAUGGCAAUGUUAGGGUAUUCUAUACUGCCACAAGUACAGACAAGCCCCUCAAGAUCUUCUCAGGUCAUACCUCCAAAGUCUUUCAUGUAAAGUGGUCCCCACUGAAGGAAAACCUGCUGUGCAGUGGAUCAGAUGAUAUGACGGUGCGUAUAUGGGACUACAGUCAGGACACGUGCACUCACACCUUACGGGCUCACACGGGGCCAGUGAGGGGCCUUAUGUGGAACCCUGAGGUCCCAUACUUGGUCAUAUCUGGGAGCUGGGACUCGGCCAUAUGCUUCUGGGACAUCCGCACCAGCAGGUGCCUACACAUGGUGCAGGACCAUGGGGCUGAUGUCUAUGGUUUAGCCUGCCACCCUUCGAGGCCGUUCAUUCUGGCGUCCAGUUCCCGCGACUCUACUGUGAGGCUGUGGUCUAUUACCUCCCUAGUCCAACCAAUUGAGAUGAAUAUCCUUGCCGGGAAGUCCUGGUCGCAGGUGCUUGGAACUAUAGAGUGUGCCAUGCAGGAAGGCACUGACCCCAUUCUGACCGGCAAGGUUUCCAGGGAGCUGAGGUCCCAGGCAGAGAGCCACCCACAGGACACACGCAAUAGGGUCCUCAGGACCUUCUCUAAGUUCUUCCUGGCACCUGCAGGCAGUGAUAAUCUGUGGGAGCUGGUUUCAGUAGUGAAGGGAAUGGACGACACAAUGUUGUCAGAAAACUACAGCAAAGGAAUCAUGCAUGCCAAGCAUCUGGUGAAGUUUGGCUCUUCAGAAGCCCAGCAACUUGAGAUGGCAAAGCUCACAAAGUUUGGCGGUGGGGUGGGGUCGGGUUCAAAAGACGAGCGUCUGCGUCAGGCGGCUAUGUUGCACCUGAAGACGGGGAAUGUGCAGCGCUACUGCGAGCUGCUUGUUGAGCUAGGGGACUGGGAGAGGGCACUCGCUGUGGCUCCGGGGGUGUCAUAUUCUUACUGGAAAGGGCUGAGCAAAAGGUAUGCGAAGUACCUGAUGGCAGAAGAGAGUGACUCUGCAGCAGUGUUCUGCACCGCCGUUGGUGACACGGACGCGCUAGUGCAGUUCUUCACGUCAAGGGGUCAGAUGUCAGAUGCGGUGCUAGCGGCCCAGGUGGCCUGUGAGGGACUGACCCCUGGUCAGCACCAGUGUCCAAGUACGGGUCAUCUGAACGGACAGCAGACGCCACAAGGGAAGGCAAAUGGACUUCUGUUGAAGGCGAUAGAUUACUGGUCCGCCUGGCAAAUGAGUAACGGAUCUCCAGUGGCCGGGGCUUGCUGCUGUUUAGCUGCGGAUGACAAACAGGGAGCUCUAUGCAGGCUAAUUCAGGGUAAUGAACUAGAGCUUGCAGUUGCCAUGGGAACUGUUCUUGGCGUCCAUGACUCCGUGAUGUCAGUCGCUAUGGAGAUGUUGUCACGGCGAUGCGAGCGCCUCAGCAAGUGGUACCUGGCCAUCGACCUGUUACUGCAGACGCCAGACAGCCGAGUGGCACUGGCUCAGUGUUGUGCUCGAUACUCUGGCUCAGUGAAUGAACGAAAUACAUUGCUGGAAAGGGCCAACCUGCCCCCAGUCACUGACUGCUUCCAAGAGGCCCAGAGAUUGAAGCGUCAGAGUGACGUGUUUGAAUGUGUCCUCUACUUCCUGCUCUCCGAUUCACCCGAGGCCGGAAUAGAGCUCGGACUUGAGCAUGUGAAAAAUAGAUUAGAGUCAGAUUCAUGGACGGCAGAUGAUGUGUUCCCAUUGCUACAUUUGCUAGGCAGUGUACGGACAGACAGUCUACAGGCUCACAGCAAGAAACCCCAUUUAUUUACUGCAUGUUGCUAUAUUGGUGCUCUUGUUGCCAUUCGAAGGGAGUACUACCCAGUCGUUCUACCGCUGUUCAAGUAUACGCUGUCAUUACUAGACAGCAGUGGAUAUGUUGAUAUUGGUGUGCCAAAGUCAAGAAUUGUGGCUGAGUGUGAGGCCUGGCAGUUAGUGUACUCACCCCACAGUCGAGAGUUGAAUAUUGAUUUGCUACCUGCUGCUCACAAGCAAACCUAUGAGCGACUACAACAUUGUUUGGGUGUGGAAAAGAACAAAGCUUUAAUGGGACCAGUUUGUGUGGCUUCUGCACAUCUCCCCUCCCACUCUGAUAUACACAUAUCCUGUCUUACAGGGGACAGAAUCCAGGGCCUCCCCUACUUUCUGGAGGACUGCAAGUCUGCCAUGUCCCACAAUGAAGCUCUAAUGUGGAGCAGGGUGAACCCUUUCUCUCCGCUGGGUACAGGAUAUAGAAUGAACCCAUUCUAAAUGUAGCUGCGUACCAGAUAUAAAAUGAAAACAUUACAAACUAGCUGGGAGCCAGAUACAUAAAAAAACAUUACAAAUGCAGCUGGGUAUCAGACAUGGAAGGAAUCCAUUACAAAUGCAGCUCGGAACCAGAUGCAAAACAAAUCCGUCAACUGGAAAUCAGAAACAGACAAUAAAUUGUUAUUUCUUAUGCAACUGAUAAUGCUUCAGUCACAAAUAAUCCGGUCGCCGGACGAUGUAUCCAAUCUCCAGGCAUCGGGAAGACUGGACACGUCGGAGCCAUCCGCCGUCCGAUGAGUGACACAGUUUAAAACCUCAGUCACAAAUAGACACCGAUCACCGUCCGAUCAGCAGCCGACAUUUUUUUUCCGCCCGGUGCUACAAAUUGGCCCGGUUUCCGUGCGAUCAUCGGCCGGUCGCCAGCCCGAUGAGCUGAAAAAUACGACGGCGCUGAUCGGACGGUGAUCAGUGUCUAUUUGUGACUGAGGUCUAAUCGAAUUUAGAUAAAUGAAGCAGGGAACCAGAAUGAAAAGAAUGAAUCAAUUUUAAAACCACACGAGAACCAGAUGAAGAAAGAAUCCAUUUUAAAACCUCAUGAGCAUAAGAUAAAGAACAAAUCCAUUUUGAAUCCACAUGAGAACCAUAUAAAGUAUAAAUCAAUUCUAGAUGUGCUAUACAUUAUUAUAAAGUUGUGUUAAAACCUGGAUAAGAUACUUGAUAUGUUGAAAGUGAAAACAACUAGUCAUUCAUUAAAAAACCAAACAAUCAUUAUGCUUUGUCUAUAAUUUAAUGCUGGUUAAGUACAGUUAAAAUGGUGUUGACAUGAUCAAUUCUCUCAUGUUGUUUUUAGUUCCAGUAUUUAUUACUUAAAAAACAAUAUAAUAGGAAAUCUGGUCAUUAAUAUCAGUUUCAUUUCAUUUUACUAGCUGCUUUCAAGUUGUUUGACUGUGAAAUAUAUGAGGAAUUAUAUACUAGUACCGGUAGAUCUAUACAUGUACCAUUAUAUACGGACACAGUCAGAAAUGAUCAUUAACCAAACAGGAUUACGAACUUGAAAACUCUAAAGGGCUUAAGUAUUUUCCCUAGAGUCUCUUAAAAAUAAAGGCUGAAUUAUUGCUAUUUAUUGUGUAGAAUAAUUGUUUCUGAUUAUUUUAGUGAUUUUGUUCUUGUAAAUAUAGGAUAAUUAAACGCUUUUUGUAAGGUGUACUAUGAAAAUGUGUACUUUUGUUCCAAUCUGAUGCUGUGAAUAAGUUUGAGCCCAAAUUGCAACUCAUUUAAAAUACAUUUAUUUGUAUUCAAUUUAAAAUUGUACGUGUUGUAUCAGGCCAAGCAGUGUGUCAUGCACUGCCUUUAUAUAAAAUAUAGAAGUUAAAUUCUCGAGGUCCAUAUACUUAUUUUCAUUGACUUAUGGAAUAUUGCAUAAUUGUAUUUAUUUAUUUAUUUUGUCGACUAAUUAGUUGUUGAUAAGUGCUGAAAUCCCUGACAUUGCUCUAUUUUAUUCGCUCCCUGUGAUAAUUGUUUUUGUUAUAAGUCACAUUGUAUGUUUAAAGUUUCUAGUGGUUAUUACUUGUAUCACAGCUACAUGUUUUAUACGUAUAAUGUAUCGGUAGAUAGCGGUCAUAUAAAUAAUUCUGUUUUCUAUUCCUCAAUUAUUUAAUGUACUUACAUGAGUGAAUUGCGUAGAAGGUACUUAUAAGAUUGGACUGUAUAAUAUAUACAUUUCGUAGCUAUAUCUUGUGUUAUUAAAGCUGUUUUUACAAAAAUGGUAACAUUUUAUUUAUCAAAAGAGGGGUUUAUUGGUUGUUAUGGCUUAUUUAACCUUCUUUGUUGUUUUUUCUUGAAACAAACCAUAAAUGUUCUGGUGUUAUUGUUAUAUAAAUAUUAUGUU